AUGAACUGGAAGCUGACCACUUUUCUAUUAUGUGGUUACGGCUGUCUAAAAGAACUACGACCAUCAGAACCAUACCUAUACAAGUACCAACACGACUACCUCAAGCUGAGUGAUGCUGACCUUAAUGGACGUGUCUAUCCGAUCUGGACGUACAGCUUUAUGUUAACCAUCAUACCUAUAUUACUAUUUACUGAUGCUUUACUGUAUAAGCCAGUUUUGAUAUUGGAAAGUGUGGCAUUUAUUGGAACGUGGACGUUCUUGAUAGUGGGUAAAGAUGUGUUUACUCAACAGAUGGCAGAGGUGUGUUAUGGACUGGCAACAUCGACUGAAAUGGCAUACUUUGCCUUUGUUUACAUGUUAGUCGAUAAAAAGCAUUACAAAGUGUGAGUUUUUUAUAUUUUGACACUUUUUAUAACAUUAGGUUUAUUUUAGGUCUAUUUGCACGUUUCUUCAACCUCUUUCUAGACCUACUUCAACUUUUAGUUUCUAAGUCAGGGCGCAGGUCGGAAAAAAUUAAUAAAAAUAUUUUUGGCUAAAAUUUAUCCUACAAGUUAGAUAAAAAUUACGAUUAAAGAUUUUUGAAUAUUUUGACCUAAAACGUGCGUUACAGUGCUAAACGUGCUUUCAAAGGUAACUUAUAGUAGAAUAUUUAAAAGCGUUGCCUAAGGUCUGUUAUAUUAAAAGAUAAAACCACCGUUUCAUAGGCGAUUCACUAUGCUGAGUAUAAUAUUAUAAAAUUUUUACUUGAAAUUUACAGUAACCUACCGUAAUCUCAACUUUUUUGGGUUGAAAGAAAGUUUAGCCGAAAUUUUGGGGCUAUAAGUUUUUACGAUCGAUUUUCUUAAAUACCAAAAUUUUUUCAAUAUGUUAACCAUAGUAUUUUGUACCUAAAAAAUAACUUCCAACCCAAUCCUAUCAGUUAUCAAAAAGUUAUGACAUAUUUUUCAGAGUGACCGCCAUGACCCGAGCCGCCCUUCAAGGUGGUCAAUUUCUGGGUUACAUGAGUUCAGAGCCGAUUUUACUGUUUCACUGGGGUACAGUGAGUACUUUGAACUACAUUACACUUGUAUCCUUGAGUUUGGCCUUUUUAUUCUCAUUGUUUUUGCCCAACUUGUCUUGGAGACAUGUCAUCGCGGUGGAACCGUGCGCUGGUAGGUGACAUUUUUAGGUGUUUGUGGUUAAAAGAAGGGGGUUUUUAUGGUUGGACAUGUCAUUUUUAAAUUGUAUAAAGUUUUUUUAAAUUUUUAAAAAAAUUUUUAUUUUGGGUCAAAAAAUUUGUAGAAAGUUGAAGAUUUUUGGCAACUUUGACCUAUUUCUAACACGAAAUUUUUUUUUAAAUUUUAAAAAAAUAUUUUUAAAAAAAUUUUAAAAUGCCAUUUAGGAUCGCUGCGAAUCGAGUCCUACUGGCAAUUUUUCAUGGAUCGUAUGUAUAAACUGAAGCAGCGAUUCAAAGAGUCUUUUCGAAACAUGAAGACGGUCAAGUGGUCCGUUUGGUGGGCUUUCUCCACUUGUGGCGAGUUCUUUGUAAGUUACCCUACUUUACCCUACCCUACCCUACCCUACCCUACCCUACCCUACCCUACCCUACCCUACCCUACCCUACCCUACCCUACCCUACCCUACCCUACCCUACCCUACCCUACCCUACCCUACCCUACCCUACACUACCCUACCCUACCCUACCCUACUCUACCCUACUCUACCCUACCCUACCCUACCCUACCCUACCCUACCCUACCCUACCCUACCCUACCCUACCCUACUCUACCCUACCCUAACAUACAUACAAUUUUCAGAUGUUAAACUACAGUCAAGCCCUAUGGUCGCAAGUCCAAUCCGUAAAGAGCCCAGACCUCCUGAACGGCUUCGUCACUGCCAUCGUACCAUUACUAGCGUUACUCAGUAUAUUGGGCAUGGAAAGACUGCCAAUCAAUUGGCUAAAGUGGGGAGAGAGUUCGCUUGUUUUGGGGUCGAUAAUUCAAGCUGGACUACUGUAUACAAUGUCACAGACAAAGCUACUGUGGGUCAUGUAUGUGACUUAUGCUGGAUUUCAAUUGGUUUAUCAGUGCACUAUCACUAUUGCUCAGUGAGUUAUUUUGAAAUUUUGCUCUGAUUUGCCUUGCCUUGCCUUGCCUUGCCUUGCCUUGCCUUGCCUUGCCUUGCCUUGCCUUGCCUUGCCUUGCCUUGCCUUGCCUUGCCUUGCCUUUCCUUGCCUUGUCUUGCCUUCGCCUUGCCUUUGCCCUGACAUCUUCUACUAUACCCUACUCUACUAUUUUCAGGAUAAACCUAGUAAAAACAAUGGCAGUAGCCUCGUCCUGUGGCUUUGUAUUUGGAAUCAAUACCUUUGUCGCAUUGGUGGUUCAAACCGUAAUGACAUUGAUAUUUGUGGACACGAGAGGACUUGGUCUACCAGUCCGGGACCAGUUUGUAGUCUAUGCCAUUUAUCAUUGUACUCUUGGGAUUGUGUUUAUAUUGUCAUUGAUAUAUGGGUUUGUGAUUGGCAGAAGGCAGGAUGAGUUGAGUACUGUCACUAUUUUGAGUAGUGAUAGUGUUAGGCAUUAG